AUGGAAGUGGAAGAAUGAUCACCAGCGGAUUCGGAUCUUCUCUAUGCAAUGCAAGCAAACCGUCAAAACUGUUCGCACUGAUGGACAUCCUGAACCAUGUUUCAAAUGCUAUUGCCUCCUCUCACUGCGCACAUUUCUCCGAGCCAUCAAGCGCCCAAUUCCAAAAGAUGAAAACUUUGUACAUGUAAAUCACCGAUUUCGCUCAAGUGCUCUGGCGAAGAUGUAUGCUCGCACCAUUGGUGUUCGGGAAAUGGUUGAAACAGCUACUACUGAAUGAACACCCUGCAUUCAAUUUGCCACUGGUGUCCUUCGGGGCAAAUACACGAAUCUCAGCGUCUUCAUCGGCCUUGUCGAAGCCAUGGUGACCAAGCUUGACCGUGAAGAACGAGGUGUUGGCAUGCAAAACUUCAAGUAUGCACCUAGCUGGGACGAGUUUGCCAAUGUCCUCAGGAUACAUAGUCCUCAAGCACUCCAGUUUCUAUCCAAACACCUUCCUGUCCGUACCGAGCGAAGCUUCAGAGAGAAAGAGAGUCGUCGCCCCCGUUUUCCCAUGAUCAUAUCUACACUGGUCCAAACAUCUCUAUCCCGCGAUGACACAAAGCUUUAUGCUGCAUGGCGUGUUUUCUGGGAUGCCAACAAACAAGCUCAUUAUCUAGUUGGGGGGGUUGGUGAGCCAUAUCUCGUCGCCGAUCCAGAUGCACUCCGCGAAAUAAUUGAAGAAGUGAAGUUAACACUUGCAACCAAAAUGUGACUUUGGUGCUUGCAAGUUCCUCUCCCCAAGAUUGCUCCCAUAAUCAUUGCUGCUCUUCCCCUUGCGUUGGAUCACAAUGCCGAGUCUUUGGCACAGUGGAGUUUGGAGAUUAUUGGUGGCCUUCAGAGGCAUCAGAUCUGCGUUGUCUCAUAUGCAUGUGAUGGUACAGAGGUCGAACGUGCUGUUCAGCGUAUUGUGGUGCGAGACGCAGAUAGUGUCGUUGUAUAUGAUAUCGCGAGCCCGUCCUCCAGUAUGAGUACCAUAAGACUGGAGAUUCCCGUACACCAUGGUCAGCCUUGGUUAAUAUCCAAGACCCAAAACAUGGUUUAAAAACCUUUCGCAACAAUCUCUUUUCCAGUGC